ACUUUUACAAAUUCUUUCUUCCGGUUGCCAACACAAGGCAAGGUGCGUAUUUUGGAACAACCGCAUGGUUUUAUAGUGAAAUAAAUGUGUAUUGUUUAGUUUUAGUGAAAUAACCGCAAAAAUCUGUGCUUACGAUGCGUUCCGUCACAGUCAAGGAUGUUGAACAAGACAAGAUUGUCAAGACAGUCGCGGCCCAUCUGAAGAAGAUGGGCAAAGUCAAGGUUCCUGAACAUAUGGACCUUGUGAAGACUGCCCGCUUCAAGGAGUUGGCACCCUACGACCCCGACUGGUUCUAUGUACGCUGUGCAGCCAUCCUCCGCCACAUCUACAUCAGGUCACCAGUUGGAGUGAAGACUGUCACUAAGAUCUUUGGUGGUCGCAAACGCAAUGGAGUCACACCCUCACAUUUCUGCAGAUCAUCAGGCAGUAUUGCCCGCAAGGCCUUGCAAGCUCUUGAAGCCCUCAAGCUGGUAGAGAAGGUACAAGAUGGUGGCCGUAUUCUCACCACCCAGGGUAGGCGUGACUUGGACAGAAUCGCUGCACAGGUGCGCCUAAAGGCUAAACAACAGGCCAAGCAGCAAGUGAUUGUCCUGUAAAUUUAAUUGUAAUAAAAAAAAUAAUAACCCA